AUGUCACCGCCACCGAAACGAGGACGAGGGCGGCCGAAAUCCACGGUGCCACCGCCACCGCCGCUGGAAUCACUCACUAGCUUGAAGACUCAUGAGAUUGAAUCAAGAACUACCACGCCACCUGAUACUAGCUCAAAGACACCUGAGAUUGGAGCAAGAACUAAUAAAGAGGUGACAACCACACUCGAGAAUGAAAACAAAGAAACCCUAACAGGAACGACACAAGCACAACCGGAGGAGCGUAAACUAUGGGUGGAUAUUAUUAAUGACAACCGGAACCCUGCAAAGGGACUGACAGUGGAAUACGUUGCGCCAAAAGUAGUCAAUGGAGUGAUUGAAAUCGAUAUUUAA